AUUCGAAGUGGGGUCCACGGACUUUUUUACCCUUUUAUUUGUAUAUAUUCCCAGUUAAGGUACGACGGUUGGGGCAGAGACGGCGAGAGAAUGCAAAGAGCGAAUCCAAAGAGAAGCAACACUAUGGAAGAUAGAAUCAGUGAGCUGCCCAAUGAAAUUCUUGUACACAUCCUGUCUUUUUUAUCGUUGAGGAAUGCUGCACGAUCUGGCAUCCUCUCGAGAAGAUGGAGACACUUGUGGAAAUCUGUUCCUAGAUUAAAUUUUGAUUUUGUAAACAAGUUAGGACCUGGUCGGGAUUCGAAAGGCUUGGACAAAUACCAAUUUGUCGACUGGGUUAAUGGUGUCUUAGACCUCUAUCAGGGGAAAAGUCUUGAUGAAUUUAGAAUUCAUUGCACCUUAGGUGUAGAUCUAGCCUCGCACAUUGAUAGUUGGAUUCACUUUGCGAUAGCUAAAAAGGUUAAACGGAUGGAUCUUGACUCCCUUACUCGUAUGGACUUCUUCCCUGUUUCAUUAAAAUAUACAUUCCCAUCUUGUUUCCCAGUGGAAACAGUAACCUCUGUUGAAUAUUUGUCGUUAUCUUCAUGCAUUCUCACUCUUCCGGGCAUCGGGAAAUUCAGGUCUCUUAAGCAUCUUUUCUUGGAGAGGGUUGAAUUGGUUGAUGAGGUUCUCCAACACUUGUUGUCUAAUUGUUCAUCUCUUGAGUACCUAAGCCUGCAAAGAGCAGCUAAUCUAGUCAGUGUAAAAGUUGAUGCUUCAUCCUCAAAUAUGAAGUGCUUGACAAUCUACUAUUGUCAUAGCUUGAAAUGUGUUGAUAUUUAUGCUUCGAAUCUCAUAACAUUUACAUAUGUUGGGCAUAAGGUUCACUUGAAAAGUGCUCCACGCCUUACUGAGGUCUCCUUUUGUGUCGGCAAUCAUUCGUGUGAUGAUCGCUUGACUUAUGCUGGCGUGCAAUUUGCUGGCAACUUGCAUCAGCUAGAAAAACUAGUCUUGCAGGUCAGCCCUCAUGAGGUUAGCAGGGGAAUUGGCAUAUUACCUACAUUAUGCAAUCUUAAAGUUUUGGUAUUGUGGGUUUCUGGUAAAGAAGACAGCGUGACAGCCUUCAUUCAUCUUCUAGAUUUAUCUCCUUUACUCCGUAGAUUUGAGCUGCAUUUAAUGUAUCUGAGGAGCCAGCCUGGUCCAAGUAGAACAGAGAUUACAUCAGAGUCUGUGCACCAACAACUCGAGGAGAUUGAAGUAGGAGGAUUCUUUGGUUUCGAAGACGAAAUUCAACUGCUUGAGCACGUGGUUAAAAAUGCCGUUGCUUUGAAGAAGAUUGUUAUCGAUCCUUGCAGAAAAGAUUUGAGUGCUUCUGGUAAAUCUGUUGAAGCAGGCAGCUCAUUUCCUUUUAAGGAUAGAUUGCAAACUGCAAGGAAGCAUGCCCAGCAUUUUUGUGAGAGAAUCCCUUCUAGCAUCAAUGUAGUAAUCUUGUAACUUCUGUACAAAAAUAAAAAUCCUAUGAUUAUAUGUGUUAUUUAAUUCUAUUCUUGUGACAUGUAUUCAUCAGAUGCUUUUGAUAUGUUAUAAAUAAAGGCUUCUUAUCAGUA